AUGGGGUUCCUCGGGGUGUAUACGGCUGUGUAUGAUUACCAGCCUCAGGCAGAGGGUGAACUGGAAAUCAAAGAGGGCGAUUUGCUCUACGUUUUGGAUAAGAACAGUGAUGAUGAUUGGUGGAAAGCUAAGAAGAAGGCCGAGCGAGACGACGAGGAUGAACCGGAAGGUCUAGUCCCGAACAACUAUGUUGAAGAGGCGCAACCAGCACACCAGGCCAAGGCUCUUUUCGAUUACACGCGGCAAACAGACGAGGAGGUUUCAUUCUCCGAAGAUGCCGAGAUCUUAGUCUACGACACGUCAGAUCCAGAUUGGACUUUGGUUGGAGUCGGCUCGGAUUAUGGAUUUGCGCCGGCCAACUACAUUGAAAUCGUGGGAGACGCUGCUCCAACCGCUGCGACUGCCGUGUCUCCAUCGCCACCAGCUGCCGAGCCCGCACCGCCGUCUCUUCCUACACGACCGACGCAGCCGGCUCCAGAAGAAUAUGAAGAACCCCCUUCUCCAUCUCCCAUAGACACCCUGCAGAAUCCCGCAGCCGCCGCGAUCGCCAAUAUCAUCCAUCAGCAACAUGCCCCCCCCAGCGCGCAACCCGAGCCUACGCGGGAGGAGGCGCCUCCACCCCGACUGCCAACUCGACCUUCGCAUGAACAGGAAGAUGAGCGUGAAGAAGCCCCUGCUCCUGCGCUCCCGCGCCGGCCCCCUUCAGAACAAUUUACCCCGCCAAUGCCCCAAUACGAUCCCGAUCCGUCUCCGCCCCCGCCUCGUCCUCAACAGCGGGCUCCUCCCAUGGGUGGACAUAGCCGGCCUUAUGUUAAGGAAUCUCCUCCAUACAACCGAGCCGGCGAGAUGACGCCUCGCUCGCCCUCUGGAUAUCAUAUCUACAACAUCAACGAGAUGGUUGAAGUAAUGGGCAAGCGUAAGAAGAUGCCCACUACUUUGGGUAUUAACAUGGCGACGGGAAUUAUCUUCAUUUCUCCCGAGGGUGACGAUCGUCAGCAGGAAUGGUCUGCGGAGAAGCUCACCCAUUACUCGAUUGAAGGCAAGCACGUCUUUGUCGACCUGGUCCGGCCCAGCAAGAGCGUCGACUUCCAUGCAGGCGCCAAAGACACCGCUCAAGAGAUUGUUGCUGCUCUGGGUGAAAUUGCUGGAGCCUACCGUGCUGAGGGCCUGCGUGAGGUUAUUGCGGCUGGUGAAGGUGGUGGCGCCCAGAAGAAGGGUCAGAUUUUAUAUGAUUUCAUGGCACAGGGUGAUGAUGAAGUUACGGUGGCUGUGGGCGAUGAAGUUGCUAUCAUUGACGACACCAAGGCCGAAGAAUGGUGGAUGGUCCGACGUUUGAAGAAUGGCAAGGAGGGUGUCGUUCCUAGCAGCUACGUGGAGAUCACCGGAUUUAUGCCUACCAUUCCCACCCCCGUAGUGGAAUCUGGUAUGUCGUCCGUGGAGCGAAACCGCUUGGAGGAAGCUCGACUCGCCAAGGCCGCAAUGGGAAAGACCAGGACCGAUUCGAUGGAUUCUAGCGAGGUAAGAAUACGACGCCUACAACGUUACCCCAGACGUGUGCCCCCAUUGGUUAUUGACACACGAUUCCCUACCCAGCGCAAACGUGAUAGCAAGCGCGACAGUAAAUCAGCAAAGUCAAAGCCAGAUCCCUCCAAGGUGAGGAAGUGGACAGAUCGGACUAAAGCUUUCACUGUGGAGGCACAGUAUAUUGGUCUUUUGGACGGCAAGAUUCAACUUCACAAGGUCAACGGUAUUAAGAUUGCAGUUCCCAUCGCGAAAAUGUCCGUUGAGGAUCUCGAGUACGUGGAGAAGGUUGCCGGUGUUUCCCUCGACGAAGAUAAGCCACUGUCAAGUAUUCGAGCCCGUGGAGCCUCCGAUGCCAAACGAGGCUCUGCAGGUGCUUCUGUACAGCGUCCCGAGUACGAUUGGUUCGACUUUUUCCUCAAGUCCGGCGUUGGCCCACAUCAAUGCGAGCGUUACGCGCAGAAUUUCAUCAAGGAUUCAAUGGACGAGUCCGUAUUGCCUGAUAUCACCCCCGAGACACUGCGCAGCCUUGGCUUGAAGGAGGGUGAUAUUCUGCGAGUCAUGCGCCACCUGGAUACUACGCUGGGCCGUACUGGUGCCAAGUCCAAGCUUCGUAACGUUAGCUUUGGGGGCGAGGAAGUCAUUGGCAACGGCGAAGAAGGCGGUCUGUUUGCUGGACCUGGUGGCAUGCUGCGCAACAACACUCGCAAGGGGAGACCCGCGCCGGCUGUGCAGGCUGGUGACGUUGUUGAUCCCAAGGCGUUUGAGCAAGCGGAUGAGUCCAAGCCCAAGGCUGAAGAGAGAGCCGCAACUCCUCCGGCUCCCGAGGCUCCUGCGGCUCCUGAGAAGCCCGUUGCUCGUGGAUUUGAUGACGAUGCUUGGGAGGUGAAGAAGCCCAAGGAGUCUGCAGCUGCACCUCCCCCGGCGGCGGCGGCCUCGCCACCAGCUGCUCAACCCCCGAUUCAAAAGCAGGUCACUGGUGCAAUGGCGGACUUGUCCCUGCUUCAGGCUCCUCUGCAGCCCACUGUUGUGCAGCCCACCCCUACCCCCGCUGUUUCAACCAUCCCUGCACUCCAGCCGCAGCAGACUGCCGUGCAGAGUGCAACCGUGCAACAGCCCCAGCAGACCGGUGCCACCCCCAACUUCUUCACCCAAAUCGCACAGAUUGGUCAGCACCAACAGCAGCAAGCCCAGGCCCAGGCCCAGGCGUUCAGUCCCCAACAGACUGGAUUCCAGACACAAGCCAGACAGCGCCCACAGGCUCCGCAGACCAUCGCCCAGAAUUCGCUUCUCCCACCACCUCCGCAGCGUCCAUUGUCAGCACCACAGAACUUCACGCAGCAGCAGAGCUCCUUUGGUCCUCCUCCAUUGCAGCCUCAGCUGACCGGAGUCCCUCAGCCUGGUCCGGCUCUUCCCGGUCAGAGUUUGACCGAGCUGAACCAGCAGCGCCUGCAGCCUCAGAUCCAGAUGCAGCCGCAAGCCACUGGCUUCAUGGGCCAGAAUCAGUACCAGAAUGGAAUAAUGAUUCCUCGGCCUACGGGAUUCACUCCCCAGUCACAAUUUGGCAUCCAGCAGCAACAACAGAACCAGUUACCAUAUGCUAAUGGCCAACCAGGCUUCCAGGGUAUGGCUCCACAGGCUACUGGCUUUGGUGGAUUUGCGCCGCCUCAGCAGCCAAUGCAGACUGGCAUCAACUCCAUGCUACCUCCCGCACUCCAGCCCCAGCCAACUGGUGCUAAUGGUUUCGGCACCACCACAUACACCAUCAAUAAUCCACCCCCAGUCCCACCAAUCCCUCAGCAGCCAACGACCACCCCUCUGUCGCCGCAAAAGACAGGACCUCCUCCAUCAAUCAGAUUCGGCGUCAAGCCAGAUGCACCCAAGAAGCUUGCCCCUCAACCGACGGGAUUGCGGGCAAACCUUUCUCAAGCUACGCCCAACAACCCCUUUGGCUUCUAG